UGAUCCUUGGUCAGGAUGUCAUCUUCCAAUGAAACCAACUCUCUUCCUGCAUUUUUUCUACUUCUGGGGAUCCCGGGGCUGGAAGCUUACCACAUUUGGAUUGCGUUCCCUUUUUGUACUGUGUAUCUGACUGCAGUUGUGGGCAACAUCAUCAUUAUGCUUGUGAUCAAGACAGAACAGAGCCUUCACCAGCCAAUGUUUUAUUUCUUGGCCCUUCUAUCCUUUAUUGACCUAGGACUAUCCACAUCUACCAUUCCCAAGAUGCUGGGCAUCUUCUGGUUCAGCCACAGGGAAAUCAGCUUUGAAGGAUGCCUCAUCCAAAUGUUCUUCAUUCAUACUUACACUGGCAUGGAGUCAGUGGUAUUGUUAGCCAUGGCCAUUGACCGUUUUGUGGCUAUCUGUUACCCACUGAGAUACACCACUAUCCUCACCAACAAGGUGGUGGCCAUUAUGGCUUCAGUGGUAGUUGGGAGGCCAGUUAUUCUUGUCCUUCCUUUCUCCUUCCUCCUUAAAAGGUUGCCAUUCUGUGGACAUUAUAUCAUCCCCCACACCUACUGUGAGCAUAUGGGCAUUGCUCGCCUGGCCUGUGCUAGCAUCAGGGUGAAUAUGAUCUAUGGAUUAUUCACUAUUGCUGCCCUCAUCUUUGAUUUGAUCAUCACUGCCCUUUCCUAUGUCCAGAUACUCCGUGCUGUCUUCCGCCUCCCCUCCAGGGAUGCACGACUGAAGGCUCUCAGCACCUGUGGCUCCCAUGUCUGCGUCAUUCUGGCCUUCUAUACACCUGCAUUUUUCUCUUUCAUGACCCACCGCUUUGGCCAUAAUGUCCCCCGCUACAUCCACAUCCUCCUGGCCAAUCUCUAUGUUGUUAUCCCACCAGCCCUUAAUCCUGUCAUUUAUGGAGUCAGGACUAAGCAGAUCCGGGAACGGGUGCUACGCGUAUUUGUUCAGAAAGAAUAA